GACGAACUGAUCUUUUGUCCUGUUGCAUUUCAGCACCAUUUCCCACCACUCUUACAUCAUGGAGUACCAAUACUUCCUCAUCGCAGUUGUCAUCCUUAUUCCUCUGGGACUGUUCAGCAUCUUCAAGAGUGAUCGGUUGGAAGGAGCUCACUUGAUUAAGAAAACAUCCUUACCGGGGGCAUUUGGUAGCACUGCUUCCUUAAAAUCAAAAAAGAAAAAGUCCAAGAAAAAGACCAAAAGUUCUACGACCACACAGACCAUUGACAGCGUGACUAAUCAACAUGAAUCGGAUGAGUCAGAUGUGGAGACCAACGUCACCGUAACGGGCACAGAAAAAAGUAGCAAGGAUUCUCAAACGCCUGUUAGCAAACUUCAACUCUUACCAAACAAUAACAAUAACAUCACUAACGCCAUUAACAAAAACACGUUAUCAAGUAGUAAAAAGGACUUGACAUCUCCCAUUAUCAAUUCGCAAGCCAACAGUGCAAUCAAGUCUACGAAGCCAUCCUCUGUUGAGAAUUGGAAGAAGCAACAGCAGGAGCAGCGAAAGGAAUUACUUGCGAAACAACAGGAGACAUUGCAAUUCGCGUCCGCAACUGCAAAGAACGCACCACCAUCAUCAGUCGACUCUUCACUUCAAAUUACUUCAAUUCCAGGUCCUGGUACUAUGGGAAGUAAUAAGAAAAAGAAUAAUCGCGGUCCUGCUGCCUCUGGUCUGUCUCAUUCUGAUUUCCCUGCACUCUCACGACCAGCAACAGCUCCAGCUCCAGCUCCAAAACAGCCUAAGCAACCUAACCAAAAGAAAGAAAAACCUGUAAAGAAGCCAGAGCCAGUAGUGGCUCAGCCGCAAGCGGAAGAAGAGAACAAGGCUAGAAAGCAGGAGCCUGAGGAAAAGGAGGAAAAAGAGGAAGAGGAGACUGAAGGAAAGGAAAUUGAGGAAUUUGAUGAUAGUGACAAAGGACCUGCUGAUGAUAAAGAAGAUGAGUGGACUACCGUCAGCUCGACACAGUCAAGAUCCGGAGGCAUCGACUUUAACAAGCCUAUGGAUCCAUGGGUACUGCAGCAACAACGUAUGAAGCUCGAACUUAUUGCAUCUGCUGAUCCUCAUGCUGAGCAAACAGAGAAGUUUGCACGUGUUCUAUCUAUUAAACCGACUGUCCAAGAGGAGCGGGUUCACGAAGCUAUUCCUGAUGGUUUCAUGACACAGAAGACACGAGCCAGUACGUCUGUAAAGACUAGUCAGUAUCAGUCUACUGAAUCGAGCAAGAAGCAGCGGGAGAAUCAGGCAAAAGCAGCUAAGAAAAAGGAGGAAAAAGCUGCCCAGGAUGCAAUUCAGGAGCAGAGACGCCUAGAACACAUGCGACAAGUUAAAGCGGAGAAGAUGAAGGAGUUUUACCGUGCGCAAGCGCGUAAGCAAGCCCCAACUGUGUCUAGAUGGGAUGUGUCCAAAACCACAGCUCCGAAGAACUCGGCAGUGAGCGAUGAUAAAGGAUCGCUUGUUUGGGAUUAGAGCAGUAGUAGCAUCGUGGUCACACCAAUAAGAAUAAAAAUGCUUUUACAGGAG